UCAGCGUAAAGGUACGGAAACAGUAUUUUAUAUCCGGAACUUGCGGGCUACUUCCUUCGCGAAAACCCCGAUCGUGGCGGCAAUUUGGAAGGUGGACGCGUGUCUUGGAGCUUUUGAGAUUUUAUUUGAAAGCAUUUGUGCUCUGUCUAAAAUUGCUUGAUCGGCGGAGAUGUCUGAGCACGGGGAGAUGAACGGCGAUGCAAAUGGAGUGGCUGCCGGACAGUGCAACGGUGGUGCGGCGGGGAGCCCGGGAGCGGCCCACCAUCGGUUUACUUUCAGCGAGAAGCCCAGCAUGGAUGACAUUCGCAGGCUCCAGGCGGAGUUCACGGACGAGAGAGACUGGAACCAGUUCCAUCAACCCAGGAACCUGCUGCUCGCCCUGAUCGGGGAGGUGGGAGAGGUGGCGGAGCUGUUCCAGUGGCGGGGCGAGACGGCGGAGGGACUGCCGGACUGGAACGUUGCGGAGCGGGAGCAGCUGGAGCACGAACUGAGCGACGUGCUCAUCUACCUGCUGGAGCUGGCCGAGAAGUGCCAUGUGGACCUGCCGCAGGCCGUGCUCCGCAAGAUGGCCCUGAACCGUCUCAAGUACCCGGUCAGCAAGGCGUUCGGGUCGGCCAAGAAGUACACGGAGUUCAAGGACUGAGCAGCUGCCCCUGGGGCGUCGUGUCUGGGUCGCAUCUGACUUGUACAUCAAGUUCGUGCGUCCAGUAUCAUACGCUGCUAUCCAGCGGAUUAUUUUAUUUUGGAUAUUUUGUUUUGCUUUUAGCAUCACUGAACAACCUGGACGGUUUAAAAUCAAUUCCCCCAAUUUUAGGAUAGUUUUAUUUGUGCCAGGUUGGCAUAAUCGGGGCAGGGAUUGUUUACAUAUUGUAUUUUCAGCAGUUGCUGUUUUGGUCUAGAUCUUGGUCUGAAUUGUUACUCUCUGAACCUGAACUACCCACCUCUGCUGUAUAUAGUUCAGCAUGUCCAAUUUGUUGCAUCAGCUGUCCCUCCAAACUGACCCCUGCAUUGUAAUUUGGUUGUGACCAUUAAACGCCCUCGAUACUA